AUGGCUUCAUACACAGAAAGUAUGUCCGUUGAAGCUAGCACUGAUGAAUUUGAUCUCUUCACUGUACCUCCUACCUAUGCAGCGGUAGAUAAACAGUAUUACAUGACCUACAGACCAACGUCUCAAAUUACAACCGAUUCCAGUCCCAUUGAAUUUAACAUCUCAGGGCAAGGGGUAGAUUACAUUGACUUGAGGAGAACUCACUUACAUGUGCAGGCCAAGAUACUCAAAACAGAUGGAACAGACAUUACAACAAAUGAAAAAACAGCACCAGUCAAUUUAUGGCUUCAAAGUCUGUUCUCUCAAGUGGAUUUGUCUCUCAAUGGAAAACUCAUUACGAGUUCGACCAAUCUAUAUCCUUACAAGAGUUAUAUCAAGGUUCUUCUCAACGAAACCACAUCAGUGAAACAAUCUCUACUACAGUCUCAACUCUAUUACAAAGACAGUGCGCAUCAUUUGGACGAAUCUGAUCCUAAUUCAAGCAACACAGGUUUAUUUGGAAGAUAUGAAUACUCUCGUCUUGGAACCGUGGAUAUGUGUGGACCUCUCUAUGAAGAUCUGAUGGAUUCAAAACGCUACUUGAUUAAUGGCGUGGAUUUACAAAUACGAAUGUUCCGCACCCCUGCUGCGUUUAAUCUCAUGUCUGGAGAAGACUCACCCAGUUACAAGGUGAAAAUAGAAGAUAUCUAUCUGCGAAUGUGUAAGAUUCGACCCAGCUCAGCCAUUACCACCAGUCAUGCUAAAAUUCUCACCCAUCACACUGCAAAGUAUCCUUUCACCAAAAGUGACAUAAAAACUGUAUCUUUACCCAAAGGACAGCUGAACUACACAGUGGAUAAUUUGUUCCAAAACAAGGUCCCCAAUAAAAUUGUAGUAGCGUUGGUAUCUGCAGAAGCCGCCAAUGGAAGUUACACCAAAUCUCCCUUUAAUUUUCAAAUGUAUAAUCUCAGUUCUAUUGUUCUUUAUGUGGAUGGAGAAUCACUACCAGGGGAACCCCUCCGAGUAACUGAUCAACAGUACAUUGCAGCUUAUAAUACUUUGUUUGAAGGAAGAGCAUCCAGAGGGUUGGAUAUCAACAGGGACGACUUUAAGGGCGGAUAUGCUCUCUACCAGUUUUGUCUAGAACCUUAUCAUUUGAAAGACGACUACUUGGAUCUGAUAAAAAGAGGAAGCGUAAGGCUACACGUUCAGUUUAGUACAGCAUUACCUGAGACAACAAAUCUGAUUCUCUAUUCUGAGGAUAAUCUCAUGCUGACAGUGGAUAACGCAAGAAAUAUAUUGUACUCUACACCAUGA